AUGCCUCGAGUCGCCCAGCAGCCCACUAACCGCACCUCAAGCAAUCCCCUAUUGGCGCUCUCAAGCUCCCAUCCCAAUGUUUUGAAGCGGAAUCAGGCCUGCCACCAAUGCCGUCGAAGGAAGUUGAAAUGUGACGCGAAACGACCAUGUUCAACCUGUCUACGAUCCCAUGCUCAUGCCGUCGCCCAUGCUGCUCCAGGGACGGUGAUGCCACCUAAGCCGGAAUGUACUUUCGAUGACAUUGCGGAGGUUAGUACAAAUGUACCUGAGGGACCCAAGAGCAAGUAUGAACGCCUGGAAAACAGGAUCAACGAGCUAGAAGCGCUCCUGCGACAACAGGACAACAACUCUAAUACAGGCGCUACUGCAACCAUUGACACUAACAAUCGACCCAGCGCAGCUGGAAUUUCGCAUGUCUCCGAUUCCCUCUCGAAUCACUCGCACCAAUAUGCCAGCGGUGGCUCUGAACGGGCAUCGUCAAGCCAUCUAUCGCAGUCACCUUCUUUGCGUUCUGCUAUCACAGGGGCGUCCUUAAGAGAGGUCAAUUCGUUUGGCCUCCAGGUCAUGUGGCCUAACUGGCCACCUUCACUUCCUGGUCCUGAGUUGCUACGCCAUUUAGUUGACGUGUUUUUUGUUUUUCACCCUCAUGCCAACCGCUUGUUUCAUGCCCCUACUUUCUUGAAUUCUCUCUCACUGCCACCUAGCCACCCAAAAUUCCCAUCAACACCCGUCCUUCAUGCUAUGUCCGCUAUUGGUAGCCUUUACACCGCGGCGGUCACAUCUCCACCUCUUCCCAAUUUUAACGAAGUUGCCCCUGAUGAAAUCUUCUUGGAACGUUUUCGUGAACAGCGUCCCGAUUCGUUUGCAGAAGCACAAGCAAAGCUCGCGAGAGAUUCUGCGGAGCGAUUGAAUGCUGUGGGAGAACACCUUUUCCAGGUUUUGCAAACUAACAUCAUAUUGACUUGGUUUUAUUGGUCUCAUGGGAGAUGGGUUGAUAUGUUUCUUUCCUCCGCUCAUUCCAUGAGGUUAUCCGUCCCAUUGGGGCUUAAUGUCUGUCCCCCAUUUCAUUCGAUCACGAAGUCGGAACGACCUCCAUCCAUUCUCGCCCCCGCCCGCACCGUCAUUGAAGAUGAAACCAGGCGAAAUGCUUUCUGGUUGGCGUAUGCAACUGAGCGCCAGCAUGGUUGCGGUAACGGUUGGGCAUUGAGUCUCGAUGAUCAGGAUGUAAAUCAGCUCCUCCCAGUCCGAGGGGAUCAGUUUAUACAGGGAGCACUCGUCAAACCAGUGGAAAGACAAUGGGCUCAAUCGCGGGAUCUACUUCUUAUCCAUCCUGAGAAUCAAACUGACUCCUUCAUGCUCUAUAUCAAAGGGACAAUACUUAUCUCUCGAGUGAAAGCUUUCAAUUUGCGUUACAGAUCCAAGCAUUUUGCAGGAGAUUCGACUGUCGCCACGUUGUAUCCCGACGCUCCGCAGGAUUCCACCGAUCCUGUCGACCCUCGUGGUUCAGCCGCAUUCAUUGAACUCGAUCACGUAGCUGCCUCCUUCCAUGCCUCCUUCCCUACACGGCUUCGCAGUCCUAUCAAAGACAACAUUGUCGACAACCAUCUAUAUGCUGCUUGUCUGAUGCCUCUUGUAUGCACCAUCAUCCUUCAUGAUCCCCACGCCGAAGUUCGCCAAUCAGGGUGUAUAUCCGCCCUCAAGAUCCUGACUGCCGCAAGGUCCAUUCUGGACCUCAUAUAUGAUGUUUGGUCGACAAGCUAUGAUAUCACACUUUUGGACACCUUCUGCAUUUUUUGCUGGUUCAUUGGUGCACGAGUCCUGGUGCGCUUUUUGCAAGCCGCACUGGACGCGCGAAGUCUGGAACAAAUGUCGACCCUUCGAUCGGAAAUUGACUUCGUGCACUCAGCAAUAUCCAAAGUUGGGGAACGUAUACCUCUGGCUCACAGGUAUGCAAAAAUGCUGGAGGAUUUAAUCACGAAACAUUGUGGAACAGCACCCAGAAUGCCCGUCCAGAUUACCUUCCCUCGAUCCCUCGAAUCCGGUUCAAUUCAGGCUCUUUUCAACGAGGGCUCCCAUCCAGAGAGCAAAAUCAGUUUACACGACAGUCUUCAUGAGCCUGGAUCAUUCUUAUCACUGGCAUAA